AUGGAAAUCCCUGACAUAUCAUCAAUAAAUCUAACUAAUCGACCAGAGCUGUUUGAUUUUGAGGGAAUUUCUAUGACCCACUACUUCACCGACAACUGGGAAAAGGUGAAAAACUUUCAGGCAAGACCUGAUGACAUUCUAAUCGCCACUUACCCUAAAGCAGGUACCACCUGGGUUUCUUAUACACUUGACCUUCUGUACUUUGGUAACGAUGCUCCAGAGCGCCAGACUUCCCAGCCUAUCUAUAUGAGAGUGCCAUUCUUGGAGUCAUUUAUUCAAGGGAUACCAUCAGGAACGGAACUGGCUGAUAAUCUGCCCACUUCUCCUCGCCUCAUCAAAACUCAUUUACCUGUUCAGCUUGUGCCUAAGUCCUUCUGGGAGCAGAACUCAAGGAUUGUGUAUGUAGCACGGAAUGCAAAAGACAAUGCCGUUUCCUAUUUUCAUUUUGAUCGAAUGAACAUGGGAGAACCUGAACCAGGAGACUGGAACACCUUCUUACAGACAUUUAUAGAUGGAAAGAAAGUGUUUGGUUCUUGGUUCGACCAUGUCAAUGGAUGGUGGGAGAAAAAACAGACUUAUUCUAAUUUACUGUACAUGUUCUAUGAGGAUUUGGUGGAAGACACUGGACAUGAGGUGGCUAAUUUGUGCUCCUUCUUGGGUUUGUCAACCUCAGUUGAACAGAAGGAGAAAAUAACAAAAGGGGUUCAGUUUGAUGCCAUGAAACAGAACAAAAUGACCAACUAUUCCACUGUCCCAGUCAUGGACUUCAAGAUCUCACCCUUUAUGAGAAAAGGUAAAGUUGGAGACUGGAAAAGUCAUUUCACUGUGGCACAAAAUGAACAGUUUGAUGAGGUCUACAAACAGAAGAUGAAGAACACCACUGUCAAGUUCCGCACUGAGAUUUGAUUGUUUUUUUGCUUUUUUAUAGAAUUUUUAGUUCUGGGAAUUUUUGAGUUAUGGGUCUUGCACCAGAAUUAACACUGAAUAAAAAAAUUAAUCUGAAUAUGAAUAUUUUAUAUAAAAAUAUAUUCCAGUUAUACGUUUCUGUA